GCCCAGGGGUCAACCUCGCUGCAGGACUUGGGUCGUAUCAUUGCUCCGGGUGGUCGCAGCUGUGACGGAGGUGGAGGAGGGAUGCCCUGGGCUGGUGUGCCGACGCUGCAGAUGGCCACCCUGUAGCUUUAGGGUGCAGGGCGAUGCCAGCCGGGCGUACCGGUGGCGGGGUGGCUAAGGGGGAGCAGGAUCCGUGCAGGAGGAGGGUGGCCAGGUCUGGCACCGACCGGCAGGACCGGCAACGACACCUCGUGGCCACGUCCCAGGGCCCCGGGGCGAGGGACACGCUCCUCCAGCCUGGGCCCUCCUGGGGGGCUUUGGCCUUGGCUCUGCAUUGCUCUGGAGGCCGAGGGGUUUAUUCCCUCAUGGUGGUGUGAAUUUGGCAGGAGGGAGCGGGAAGUCCGUCUGGCCCCCGCAGCUGGAGCUGGGCUCUCCUGCGCCCUGCCUGGGUUGCACCUUCCCCGCAGCAAUACACCACGCAUCCUCCUUUGCAAGACCAGCCCCCUCCCAGGCUUUCAUCCCCACCAGACACCCCCCCCAGCAGCAUCAGUCCAUGGUGCCGCAGCUCCCUCCCAGCAUCCUGCAUCCUCCCCGUGCUGCAGGGAUGCAGGGCUCAGCGCAUCGGCCGCACUCCGCUGCUUCCAGCUAACCCCUGCUCUCCCCGAUGCCGGCAGGACCCAAAGCCUGUGGGACCCCAAUGCUGGUGACCUGUCCUGGGCAUGGGACCCCCUCCCCGGGGGCAAAGCAGAGCCGGCUGCUUUGCAGUGAUGCCAGCGGGACACUUGCUCUCGUAUUUAGGUACCUGGGGUCAGAUGCUGCCGUGGGUGUAAACUCGGGCUCUGCCGCGGCUGGGUUGACCCAUGAGAUCUCCGCUCUGUUCUCACAGUCCCUCUGCCCUCCUGCCUUGACUCCCACCUCCUGGAAGUUUUACUCUCUGUUGCUUUCUUGAACCAAACACAUGACUGGUUUUGCCUUUUUUUUUAGAAAAAAGGAAAGAAAAAGAAAAAGGAAGAAUUACUCUUUUGGAAAAGCUAUUUUUUAUUCCCCCUUCUCCCUGUUUUCACAUGUAUUGCUUCCCUCUUUGAUAGCUGUACCUGCAUAUAUAGGGUGUCUGGGUUUAGGGGAGGUUAUACUCUUUUUUUCUUCCUGAUUCUCAGGAUUUAGAUUUAAGGCCGAGCAUUAGAGGAAAAAAAAAAAAAAUAUCCAACUGAAAUAAGCAUUAAAGCAAUAGACCAAAGAAACCAGCUGUUACCUCCUUUGUGUUCAGCUACCAAAACUGACCCUUCUCUGAGACGGGCAUGGGUGGGCACUGUGUCCCGCUCCCCGGGAAUGGGACAGGGAUGCUCCCCGCAGCCUGGGGACACACCAGCGACCCUGCGAGCUGGGUGCUCCCCCCUUCCCAGUGCUGGAAGGUUCAUGAAACCCCCGUGCUAGUUCAGGCUUGUUUUCUCACCAUAAAAGUCUAUUCUCCAAAUCUUCCUCCAGUGGGCUUUAUUGGGUUCGACAGGUUUCAACCUUAAACCCGGAGACCCUAUGUAUAUAUUUAUAUAUAAUGUGUAUAUAUACUGGUAGACUGUACAGAUAUAUCUAGAGACAUAUGUAGUUCUCAACCGAUUUCAACUUAAUGGUAUUUUCACUCCUACUCUCCGCAGCAGUGAAAAUAAAAUGAUUCACAAAGGACCCAGAGCCGCGGUUGGACCUGCCUCUCUCUGAUCCAUCCUCAUCUUCCUUGCUGCACGGGAGCUGCCGCUUCAUUCAGGACCAGAUUUCCUCUGUUGGGGCCAACCUUCCCACUGGUCGGAGCUUGGGAGACCCCGGGGGUCCCUUCAGCGGGAGACUGGUGGGCUCAGGGCUUGGCUGGUUGUGGUGUGCCCUCGCUUGAAGCGAUGCUGGGUUGGACUCGCAAGCAGUGCCAGUGUCAAAGCAGCAGGCACGCCUGCAAAACCUCCCUGCGGAGCGGCAGUGGGUAAGCUUAUGGAGCAUGUGCCUGUCUUAAUGAGCACCUCUGCUGAUUAAGAGAGCCCGACCUCGUCUGCAGCUCCCAGGGUCGUGGCUGCAGCUGAUGGGCGUUAUUGUCCCUGCAAGCCAGCUGGGAGAAGGUGAUGGCUGCCUGCGCUGUGUGUCAGGGCAGGGUGUGUGAACUCGGGCUGAGCUGCACCCACGUCACCUUCAUGCUCCCAGGGAAGCCGGACAAACGUCCCUGGGGGCACCUGGCCCCAUCCUGACCUGCAUUGCUGGCCCUGUCGGAGCCCUGUGCCUCCAGGGACUGCGGUCCCCAGCGCUGCCCUCGGAGCGGUGACCCUGGCCGGGUGCAGGAUGCGGACCCUGGCCUGGCUGGGCAUCGCCAGCCUGUGUCUGGGGGCAGCUUGGGCUGUCCCAGCCAAGGAGGAGAAGAGGAAGGCAGGGAACCCAAAAGCUGAUUUUGCACUCUACGAAAACCUGGACCUGGACAACUAUGACCUGACAUUGGACAACUAUGGUGAGAUCCUUGACCUGAACAACUAUGAGGAGCUCUACGACUACGGCGACCUUGCUCCGAAGGUCGAGGUUGGCACCCUGGCUCCUCGCCCCAAGGACCCCAUGGCUCUCCCAAACCUGGGCACCACGGCUGAAACCCCGAAGCUGCAGCCUCCGACCACCGCCGGCCCCGUCCGCCCAGCACCCAUCCCCGUGCAGUUCCUGCCCAGUUGCCUGCUCUGCCUGUGCAUCAGCACCUCUGUCUACUGCGACGACACCGACCUGGAGCACAUCCCGCCGCUGCCGCCGGAGACUACAUACCUCUAUGCCCGCUUCAACCGCAUCGGCGCGAUCCGGGCCAGCGAUUUCACGGGACUGAAGAAGCUGAAGCGAAUAGACCUGACCAGCAAUUUCAUCUCCUGGGCAGAUGCGGAUGCCUUCCGCUUGCUCCCCAGCCUGCAGGAGCUCAUCCUGCCCGAGAACAGGCUGACGGCGCUGCCCGAGCUGCCCCGCAGCAUCGUCCGGCUGGACGCCCGUCUCAACAGGAUCCCCAGCACCGGCCUCCGGCCCGAAGCUUUCCGGGACUUGAAGCAGCUGCAGUUUCUCCAUCUGUCCGAUAACCAGCUGGAUUAUAUCCCGGCACCCCUGCCCGAGAGCCUGCGCUCCCUGCACCUCCAGAACAACAACAUCCAGACCAUGCACGAGGACACGUUCUGCAACAGCCAAGACCACAGCCAGAUCCGCAGGGCGCUGGAGGACAUCCGCCUCGAUGGCAACCCCAUCAACCUCAGCCUCUUCCCCAACGCCUAUUUCUGCCUGCCCCGCCUGCCCACGGGCCACUUCUUCUGAGCCCCACAGCCCCAACGCUGGGAAACAACGGCGAGCAUUCCCGGACCCACCAUGCCCUCACCCCAAACCCCCUCGGACCCUGCUGCCCCAUGGAAAAUGUGGGGUUAAGGCAGAUGUAUUUAACCCUGGUGUGAGCUGAGCCUCCGUGCAGGGGUGAACUCAGUUCUGGGGCAAAUGGAGCAGGGGAUAGGCAGCUCUAAUAAAAUGAAGACUUUACAAAUGCA